AUGGUCUCAGGAGACAAAAAAUUAUGCAGUGCAAGUUUACUAGCUGGAAGGCAUACCUUUUCAUUUAGUUAUCAAUUGCCAAUGAAUAAUUUACCGAACUCGUAUCAAGGCGAUAGCAAUCAUAACAUUCGCUACAUGGUCAUUAUAUCAGUUGAUCAAGGAUGGAAAUUUGAAGAUCUUGCCAAUAAACCUUUUCAUGUUGUUGAGGAUAUAAGCAUUAAUCGUUCAACUUUUGAGCGUCCUAUUCCGUUGGUAUCAGAAAAACAGAUACCCUAUUUUCUAUGUUGCUCCGGCACAGCUAAAUUAACGGCUAGUUUAGAAUAUUUAGCAUGCUAUAUUGGGGAAGCUAUUAAUAUUCAAAUGAUUGAAUUGGAAAAUAAUACGAAGCAAGAAAUCACUGGCGUGGCAGUCCGAUUAAUACGAAAUAUAACCCAUAAAGCUAAAGGAGUUGAAAAUGUGUCAACUGACGUUUGCUUGAUAAAACAGCUGUUUCGAACAUUAAUGCCAGGCCAAACAAUUACAUGGACUAACGAAUCUCUGGUUAUUACAAAAUUGCAACCUACAAUUGCUAAAUUUGACCUUAUAUCUAUUGGUUACGUAUUAGAGAUUCAAGCAUUUCUAAAUAAAAAUACGACACUGUCAGUUGAAUUUCCAAUAACUAUUGGCGAUCGACCUGAUAUUAACCCCCUUCCAUCACAUAAGAAUUCAGUGUCAUUUCUGGAUUCAUCGCUUUAUGAAUUAACUCUACCUGGGGCUGUUACAAGAGAUCAAGCUCCAAAUGAUUUAGAAAGAUGUACUAUUAGUAGCAAUUUAUCAUCUUUAACAGAGAGUUAUACUAGUUAUAAAGACCAUCUAAUGAAAUAA